AUGUAUAUUGGCCAGUUUAGGAUUGUUGAGUGCAUUGGAGCCAUUUUGUAUCGGCUAGAUCUUCCAGUAUCGAUGUCGAGUAUACACGACAUUUUUAAUGUUUUGAUGCUUAAUAAGUGUUUACACAACGAGGUUCGCAUUCUUGCCAAGAAGGACAAAAGACUUAGAAACAAAGUGAUACAUUUAGUUAAAGUUCAAUGGAAUCGGAAAGAAGCUGAUGAAGCUUCUUGGGAGUGUGAAGAGGAUAUACAUCGUGACUACCCUCACCUACUUGAGCAGGCCCUAAGCAAGAUCGCAUGCAAUCGUCUCCAUAAGGAGCUCGUCGAGUGGCAGGUCAAUCCCACCACCGGAUACAAGCACAAGAUAAAAGAUGAAGAACUUUUCGUGUGA